ACGAGAGAGGAGAGUGAGCCCCCCAAAAAAAACUUUCUUUCUCAAGAUCGCCGUCGUCUUGAGCCGACUGCGCACAUAUCGGUAGAAAGGUGGUCCACUGGAAUGUCUUUGCCAUUCAUUCAUUCUAUCUCGUGCCGUUGCCAGUGACGGUUGUGUGUAAGGUUUUUUUCCCCCAUGCGCUAGGAGAGUAGUCAGUCAAAGCGCAAGAUCGAAGCACAUUUGGUGUGAAGUGGUGAUACUUGGAGCGACGUACCACACCGUAGCAAAGGUUGUGAUCCGCGGAUUCGAGGAAACUCUUGAACACGACUUUCGGAGCUAUCAAUGUGACGCUUGGUUCACGUUGGCGCGAGACUUGCGAUGCACCGGGGAAAAACCAGUGGACUUACAGCACAUGCGGAGGGUGAAAGAAAGUGCGAUUCAUAGCUUCCGUCCUGUCUCCCCGAGUGCGUCCCUUGCCGCGUUCCGUCGAACUGCCCAGUGAGGAAGGACUUCGAUCGGUCAGACUGUGGUGAACGAGUGAGACGACAACGAGCCAGUGCAAAGUUUUGGUUUUGAGCAAAAUUUAAAAUAUCGUUAAUGUGUGUCAAUUGGUUGAUAACUAUUAAAGCAGUUAAGCAGUUAAGUUUCCUCUUUCGUUUUUGUACUCUACCAAUGCUGAUGAAUUUCAGAUAAGUUUUCGAAAAUUAAAUCAGAAGAAACGAAGUGGAAGGUGAAAUCGAAGUUGUUGAUGAUGGUUAAGUGCCGAUCGGGAAGGAUCAUCCAGUAACAAAUUGACACAGAGCCGAGAGGUUUCUCCAAAAAAAAAUUGGUUGUUUAAAUAUUUAUGAGAGACGGAUUUGCGAAACCAAUUUUUACGGCAUCCCCCCCGUGGUGGAUGACAAAACAGGAAGUGCAAAGAGUGUGAUGACAAACUCGUGCAAGUGGGAAAAGCAGUGAAAGCCUAUCCUCCUAUCAAUCGGGCAGAAGAAAUCGAAAAGCUGUCGAAGAAAACAAGUUGACCGAGAAAACGAGAAACAGGUUCGCCGCUAGCUGGAUGACAAAUUGAAGUCUCGCUCCAACUGCUUCGUUCCCCGUCUGUCUGUCUGUCGGUCGGUCGGUCGAUCGGUUGUUUGCCCGGGCGGGCUCCUCUCCUUCCACCAACUGCUGUACGCGGAUAGUCGGCCAACCGUGAGGGCCGGACGUUUCCCCCUUUGGUGGUUGUGCCCGAGUGAAACGACGUCCAACGUGUCAGCCCGGAAAGCCUAAACAGGCUCCGUCUAAGCGGCCACUGGGUAGAUUACGAACAGGCCAAUUUUUGCCCCGAGGAAACCUUUGCCAGGAUAAGUUCCGCACUUCACACAAUGGGAAAAAGAAAUCGGCAUCUGCCGAUAGGAGUAGCCUUAUGUUUGGUGAUGUACGUUGGAGUAGGAGUGAUGGCGGAAUUCAACUUCGACGAUGACCUAGAGGAUCUGAUCGCCGAGGAAUCCAACGUGGACGAAGAAGUCUUCGGAGAAUCCGUCCUCCCUUCUGAUGUGUUCAACGGUGGUAAACCGUUUUAUGUGGAACGGGAUCCGUCAACCGGCGCGAUCGAUUUCAAACACAAAAAGACCACUAAUCAAAUCUCUGAUCUGGAAGAAAAGGGAUUAUUUGACAACAAGGACAGUCAUGUGAGCGACACAAAAGAUGUAGUGCUCAGUCAAUCCACUCCGAACUUUCACGAUUUUCUGAAUCUGCCUGUGAAAUAUUCACCAUCGAAUUUCGUUUACCCCCUGAUUUCCAGCUCUUACUCAAAUCUGAAGUAUCAGGGUAGUAACAAGAUUUUCAACCAUAAGAAUUUUACAUCUCCUCCGUCGACCACCACAUCAGCACCGAAAUUCCAAUUCACUCGACCACAAUACACGACUACAGGACGACUGAACGUUUCUCAUCCGCAAACAAGUUCGACCGUAAGCAAUGUCACCCAAUCAUCCACGCGUUACACUUACCCAACCACAUCAGGACGGCCCAUUACGACAACAACCACCACGACAACUACAGCAAAUCCCACAACUACCAGUACCACAAGGCAACUUUUCACUCGCUAUCCCUACAAGAGUACAAUCAAGAACAAAUAUCUCGAAACGACCGAAAACCGCAAAAAGUUCUUCCUACCGUCCACGUUAUCCUUACCGUCGACCACGACUACUCAGAAGCCCCAAUCAACGGCACCGAUCCGAUCGUCGACCUACUAUUCACCCUCCAUACGACCCUGGACAAAUCCUUCGUCCGCUUACCCGACCACAACACCCGUGCCCUCCACCGAAUCCCGUCCAUCAAAUCCAAUCCGCUUCGUAGAGGAUCGGCGACCUGCACCCGAAGACGACACGACUCCGAAAAUCAAAUUUACCAUUCCAGCGUUGAAGUACGAAGGUAAUCGCCCUGCACCAUUCCGUCCGCUUCCUCCCAGUCACGUCCAACAGUUGAAUAGGCAAAACGAUUCCACCAACAAGAUCGACCUACCGAAGAACCCGGCUGUAAUGUCAUUGUCGGAUAUUUUCAACUCUCUCGGCUUGGAUGAUAAGCAAGCUGCCGCGGAGGAACAGGAGAAUGCAAUUGUCUUCGAAACGACCGUAGCUCAAACUACAGAACGUACGACACCGCCAGCAAUUGUACUGAUACCGGACAAUCAACGACAACAGAACUCAGCUCAGCAGGGACCGACUAUUGAGCAAUCGAUCGAUUUGUCAGAUCAAUAUGUUAAGUACGAAGUAGAACAGCAGAACGAGCGUCAACCUCAACAGACGGUGGAUGAACAAUACGUACAUUACGAAAUUAAUCAACCGAAUGGACACCGCCCGCAAGGACCAUCACAAGAUACUGAUCUCGGGAAUCAAUAUGUCAAAUAUGAAGUGCAACAACCGCAAAUGAAUGUCGUAAAGUUUGGCACUGUUCCCAGUAUGAACAGUAUGGUAAUUAGCCCUAACCAACAUUCGGCUACUUUCGUCUUGGGUUCACAACAAUCGGUCGGUAGUUCCAGCGAAGGACACUUCAUCGGAUCGGUAUCACAAGAACCUUCUUCGGCUGCCUUAAGCGGACAUCCAGCCGGCUACCAAAUGGGUCAGGUUCUGGAUGAACCCAACCAAACUUCUAACGUUCAGGUUGGAGCAUCGGUAAAUGUGCAGGUAAAGCCACAGGAUAUCAUAAAAACUACCAGCGUUAGAUUCCCGAGCGAAAGCGAUGACAAGUACGAUAAUGCUCCCAUCAUAAGUGGAACUCAUAAAAGUGAGGUGCUGCCUCCCAACGGUCACUCUGCUCCUGUGGCUAUGGGUUCGAAUCAAGUUGUUGUGUUUCCCAAGAACGAAAAAAUUGACAGUACCCUUCACGAGGUGUCCAACAGAAUUGUUUUCGAUACACCAAACAAUGAUGAAUUGAACAAAAACGAACUUCCCUCGUAUUCACCUUCACUUCCCGAACAGUUAACUCCACCAUCCAGUGGAGAAAAUGGCCAGCUUAGCAGUAAGCGUCCUCGGCCACCAAUUCCAGCCCAAGGACCACCGUUCAUCUACAAAGAAAUCCAACGUCGACCGUACCCGGGAGAUCGCACACGCCCUCCACUUCAACUUCCAAACAUUUUGCCUCAAUUCCGUCCAAACGCAAAAAUAUCACACGGUCAUCCUCACUUCCACAAAGAAUCCGGUACCUAUCGGGUGCCUCCUGGGCAACCAGGAAAGACCCUUCCGCCCAACAUGCCUCAUUUGAGGAAACCAUACUCGGACCUACCACCUGCUCAAUCGUUGGCCUCAACGAUGCCAAUUCGACGUGCACCGGUACCCACUCGGUUUAUGUCCCGAAUAAAUACCGGUCGACCACAGAACAUGCCCCCGAUGGCACCGUACAUAGAAGGUUCAAAUGAAAACCGCCGAUACUACCGCUUACCUCCUCCUCUGUUGAAGGAACGCAUAUUUCACAUUACACCGCCAAAUAUGAAACCUCCACCACCGCCUCCAGUACUAGCAGUAGCGCAACCAGGCGGCACGGUGGCUUCUCGUUUGGCUGACAGUUAUGCGCCUUCGACACCCGAGAAUCUGACACCAAACUCCCAAUCGAAAAAUACAGAAACCAACGAAUUCCUUCACGAUCCACCAACCAUUUUAAAAAAUGCCAUCAAAGAAGACAAACCUCAACGGCCAAAGCUAGAACCCGUUGUGACGUUACAAAUGCUGCAAUCUAAAAAGCAAGCCAUCGAAUCACAGAAACAUAAUUUACCGACGGGUCAAAAGGUAGACUUAUCUGUAGAAGCACAUCCACCGGUCGGCCCCGCUCAAACAGCCUUCAGUAGUGAUGGCAAGCAGCCAGUUUAUGUUGUAUAUCCAGUCAAAAGUACACCGAUGAAAAUGGACAGCAUCCAAGCCGGAAGCAGUGUGGAAUCCGUGGUAGUCGGACAAAGAGGUGAACCAGUUUCCCAUGCUUCAUCGAAAAUCAGCCCUGGAACGGAGUACCAGAACACACCAUUCUCAAUAGCAUCCCAUUUCGAGCAGGAACCGAUUUUGAUGGCCAAGGAAAAGAAACAUCACCAGAAACUACACUUCCCGUACAGUUUGGAAACACCAGAUCCCGUGGCUUUGGCUGAAAUGGAAAACGAAUCUAAGCACCGACUAACGGAGCCUCCGGUUGACAAGAAGCAGGAUACGAUUUACAACAUCGGUGAAGAACCGAUUAGCAGGGAACAAUCGGAGGAAGCUCUUAUAUCAAGCAAACUACAGCGAGCAACCGAAAGCACACCCAUUGCCAUCGCUUACACGCCAACCGAGCCAACUCUGAAAUACAAGUACAACUUGAAGAACUCACCCUACUACUCUCCGUACGGAGAAACCCAAACCGAGGUAUCCUAUCUCAAAAUGGACGAGUUUGACGAAUUCGGUAAUCCAGCGCAUCGCUACGAGCAGAGUUUCCAGGCUCCGUUCCAAGCUAGCAUCAGUUUAGAUCCAGUCAAGGUGACAAAUCCGUAUGAAGGCUGGGCCGUGGUUACAUCCUCACCUCAGGCGCUAGUUCAGGAGCAAAACAAAAUUGAUCGCUCGGAUGACCAUCGGUUUGACGAGCAUGAAUCAACAAGUAAGAAACCGCAAGAAAACGGUGCUUUCCAACCGGAAUUUCAAGGAGGCUUCCGUCCAAUCUACGGUGAAGAUGUAAAACUGAGUGAUGUUGAAAAUCCUGAUCCACAAUCCAGGAACCCAUUCGUGGUCCCCGAUUCCGAGGAAGCUAAGCCAGUUGAUAACCAGCGGCUUGGUGAGGAACAUGACAAAAAACCACUCUUCGACAGUUUGGAAGCACUGUUCGAUGACCUAACCAAGGACUACGACGACAACACGGAAACCACUGGCAUGGAUGAUGAUGAGGAUGUGGAAGAGAGUACAGCCAAAGAUACCAACGAGCUUGAAGGAAGAAGUAACGACAAAACUGUAGUCUCCGAAAAACCUGUUGAGCAAAAAGAACAUGCCGAAACCAGUGCGAAUAGUGUCCAGAAAGAAGAAGCAUCGAAACAGUAACCAGAGGGUUUUGACGAAUUUGUUUUGAAAUAGAACCGUUUGACACUAGUUUGUGUUGGAACAAACACUUGUCAAUUUGGCAGCUGAUGGCAAAUGGGCUAUCAGCAAAUCGGAAGUGAAUUGCAUUUUGAGGUUAUGUUGAUUAAAUCUCACAUAGUAAAGCUAGAUUUUACUAAAGAAAUUUGCAGUAUCUUGAGUAUCUAAUGUUAAGUUCAUUUUCUCGGGCACGAUUAAGCUUCCACAAGCCCCUCCUCUUAUUCAGCUCUGAAUUCAUCCAUUCAGCAGUCCAUUAUAAUUAAACUAGCCAACAUAACACAAAACGUGCAAAUUAUUUGUCUUGAAAACAUACAAGAAGCUAGUCAGCUAAGCUUAAUAUUAGAUACUUGAUAAACCAAUUACCUAAUUAAUGGAGCAUCAACAAACAAAACAAAAGAAAUCCAGACAGAGAACCAACCCUUUUCUCCUUAAAACUUGUAUAGUUGUUAUUAUUCGCUAAAUUAUGUGUAAUUUUAGACUGAUAAUGGUAUGUAAUAAAGAGAAAACAGAGAAACGAAGCUAUUGGACAACAAUAGGAUUAGAUUAGGAGUCUGUUGUUGGCUGAAAUCUUGGUAGCUAAGGCGAAUGCGUGGCAUUAACAGGCAGUAAAAAUCGAACCUGAUCAAUCAAUGGUGAUCGGCGCACAACAUCGACUCUAUGACUACAAGAAAGAAGAUAAAGUUUUAACUCAGAAAGCAUGGAACCCGCGAAUAUAAUUCGGGAAACUUUUCACGCUCUCUUCUUUCUGCGAACGCACAGUUUUUGGUGUUCUUUGCUCACAGUGCACACCUCUUAUAAUUCAUCAGCACCGAGGGCUUAUGUAUAGAUAAACUUAGUACAUCAAUCAAUCAGAAAUUGACGAUUAUAGACAAUUACUUGAAAGACUUGGAAUGUAACCUUAAUUUUCUUGACGUUAUUUAUUUAUUUAUUUAUAACUUUUUGUUUGUAUUUAGAACUACUGCCCCGUUGAAUUUGUUUCUAGGAAAUUCUAAAUCCAUCAAAUAAAAUACCUCAAACACAAUAUUUGACGAAAACCAUGCUGUCAAACACGAAAUGUAGAUUUUAAAUAUUUGUAACAAUAAACGGUAAAUACGG